AUGUCUUCAGGAGGAGGUGGUUUUGUCACCAGGUUCGACCGGGUGCGGGAGAUCCCACAAUAUGACCAGGUCCCUGUGGACUCCUUAUUCUGGGACCAGAGGCUGCCUCCACCUCCGCCGCCCAUGCAUGAAAUAGUACCAGCCCUCAGCUUAGACCCCCUCCCCCCUCCUCCUCUACCUAACCAAUCCGCUGUCGGGCCUGAGUCCUUCUACCCUUCUGAUGAAGAUGAGCAGAUGGAGGGCAACUGUGACGCCAUGGACAUCAAGCCUGUCCGCCGCUUCAUUCCGGACUCUGUCAAGAACUUCUUCCGUGGCAACAGUGGUAACCGUGGCAGCAAGGGUUGGACCAUCCCCGCUCCUCCAUCUCUACCUGGAACCCAUUCCCCUGCACCUUCAUCCCUGAAGAGUGCCACCUGCCACACCACAGCAGGGGUUCCUUGUUCACCCCCCCACUCCGCCCCUCCAUCCCCUUCCCUCCCUGGCUCCUACCGGGACCCCUACAGUUCUCAGAAGGAUGGGCUGUUGCUGGGUGCAGACGCAUUCGAGUCUGCAUCCGCUGUGCCCACCAACCUCUCAGUCCAAACCUACCAGGAGCGGGUGGAGGAGUACCACCAGCGCUAUGCCUACAUGAAGUCCUGGGCCGGCCUUCUGAGGAUCUUGGGCUGUGUGCAACUGCUGCUGGGAGCCGCCGUGUUUGCCUGCGUCUGUGCCUAUGUACACAAGGACAACGAGUGGUUCAAUAUGUAUGGAUACUCCCAGCCACAGCUGUAUGGUGGGCUUGGUGGGGGCGCUGGUGGAUCUGGGAGUUACUACACCGGACCUAAGACACCUUUUGUCCUAGUAGUGGCUGGUCUCGCGUGGAUAGUGACUGUAAUUCUUGUAGUUCUUGGAAUGACCUUAUACUACAGAGCCAUCCUUCUAGACUCUUCUUGGUGGCCGCUGACAGAGUGUACAAUCAACCUGGUCUUGGCAGUGCUCUAUUUAUCAGCAGGUAUAGUGUAUGUGAGGGACACCACCCGUGGGGGGCUGUGCAGCAUACCGGUCUUCAGUAACGGACUCAACGCAGCCUUCUGUCGCACAGAGGCUGGCCAGACUGCAGCCAUCAUCUUCCUCUUCAUCACCAUGGUGCUCUACUUGAUAAGCGCGGGAGUGUGUCUGAAGCUGUGGAGGCAUGAAGCAGCAAGGAUGAGGAAGGAGGAGCUGGAACAGGAGCUGGGUUCAGGCUCCAGGGCUUCAGAGCAGACACCUCUCCCCACCAUCCAGCCAGACAUCAUGGACACUACGAACAGCACUGCAGGAUAUCCUCCGAUAUCGCUGGAGCCAGAGAUCCUCCGAGGUCACAUCCCAGCUGGACACAUCCCCAAACCUGUCAUCAUAGCGGACUAUGUGGCGAAGUACCACACCAUCCGCUCAGACGAGGAGAGGGACCAGUACAAGGCUGUGUUCAACGAUCAGUAUGCUGAGUACAAAGAGCUGCAUGCUGAGGUUCUCGCCAUGGCCAAGAAGUUUGAAGAGAUGGAUGAGAUGAUGCAGAACCUGCCCCCUCGACCUUCCAGCCAAAUGGAAAAGGAGCGGAUCAAUAGCAUUUUUCAGGAAUAUCAGAGAAAGAAAGCUGAAAAAGAUGGUCAGCAGCUAAUUUAUUGCCUCUAUUUUUGUUUUUCUUGUCAGGACCCAGCGUUUUUGGAGAAAAGGGAGAGAUGUGAGUACCUGAAAAACAAGCUCUCUCACAUCAAACAGAAGAUUCAGGAGUACAACAAGGUGGACUUCCAGUUGGAUUUCAGCAUGCCUAGCAAUAAACAAAGAUCCCAUCACCAUUCCAAUGGCAGCAAACCCCACAGUAGCAGACACAGGCACAGUGAGCCCAUGUCCAACCCAGGCUUUUCUUACUACCCUGACGAUAGGAUGAUUCACUUCUAUCGCUGGACAUCCCCACCGGGUGUGAUGAAGAUAAUGUGUAUCAUCAUCAUCGUCAUGUGCGUCGCUGUGUUUGCCUGCGUGGCCUCCACACUGGCCUGGGACUACGACAUGAGCCUCAUGGGUCUGGGCGGUAGUAGCAUGUUGCCAGGUUAUGGUGGCGGCUCCUAUGGCGGCGGCUCCUAUGGUGGCGGCUCCUAUGGCGGCUCAUAUGGAGGUGGUGGUGCCGGCGGUUCCUACGGUGGUUCCUACGGUGGAAACAACAGAAUGGAUCCCAAAGCUGGCAAAGGCUUCAUCAUCGCCAUAGCUGCCAUUACCUUCAUAGCUGUGCUCGUCAUUUUUGUGUUGGUUAUAUCGAGGCAAAAAACUGCCCGCUCACCAAAGUUCUACCUAGCAGCCAUCAUCAUCUGUGCCAUCUUAGCAUUCCUUAUGAUCAUCGCCACCAUUGUGUACCUAGUGGCGGUGAACCCAACAGCCCAGUCCACAGGGUCUGUCUACUACAGCCAGGUGGUCCAGCUUUGUGCACAGUACCAGAACCAGAACCAGGCCCAGGGCAUUUUCCUCAACCAGUACCUCUACCAUUACUGUGUGGUGGAGCCCCAAGAGGCCAUAGCUAUUGUCCUGGGCUUCCUGGUGUUUGUAGCCCUCAUCAUCCUGCUGGUGUUUGCAGUCAAGACUCGCUCCACUAUCAGGCGCUGGGGCCGAGACCGCGUUCUGUGGGAAGAAGUGAAGACCCUCAAUGAUGUUACAAACAACAGUGUCGGAGAAUGGGUGAAAAAUGUGUCAGGUGACCCAGAAGUGCCUCUCAAUGACUAUAAUGAUAAAGUUGGAGGCUCCAGGGACUACCUGGACCGGAUGGACUACAACAGGCCUCUUUACCUACCAGGAGACUCAGAAAUCAGCAGCUCUGUGAGUGUCCUGAAGCCCAGACUGAGGGAUUAUGACACUGGUGCAGAGUCUGGUGAUGACCUGGAGGAGGAGGACUUCAGCACUUUGUUUCCUUCGGUUGUGGAUGAGCAGGAGCGUCUGAAUUACAAACGGGAGUUUGACCGUGACCACCAGGAGUACAAGGGACUGCAGGCUGAGCUGGACAGCAUAAACCAGGACCUGGCUGACCUGGACAAAGAGCUGGAUCGACUCACCGAGGGCAGUCCACAGUUCCUGGAUGCCAUAGAUGAAUACAACAGACUAAAGAAUCUCAAGAAGUCCCCAGACUACCAGAUUAAGAAGAGGCGAUGUAAAUAUCUGAGGUCCAAACUGUCGCACAUCAAGAGGAAGAUCAGCGAAUACGACCGCCGGCCUUGAACCGACACCUCUUAUCCCUCUAAUGAAGGGCAAGAGAUAAAUCAGCACCACUGUGUUUUAACUGAUCACAAGCCACUUGUGUCACUUUUAUCAAUCCAA